GCCGUUCUUCGUUCCCAGGGUUCCGUGAGAGCCGUUUGCCCCACCCCACCUCUUCAGCGCUAUCUAUCUCAAUGUACAAUUGUCAGAGAAAAAACGGGGGCAAAAAUAAUUCAGAGUAAAACAGCAAAACUGAUAUAUUUCCCUCAUUUUCUCUCCGGAGCGGCGGAGCGAAGCGGAGCGGACGCGGCCUCACUGGCGGUUAAGAUGAGCGUGUGUCGCCGCUGGAUCAGUGAUUGAAAACACCGCGGUAUGUUCAUGUAUCAUGCACAUGUAAUCUACCACAAUCUACCACACGGAUUCUGAGGGAAUACAAAAAAAGGAGAGAGCGGAGAGACUUGACAGCGAGCUGUACCUGCGCCAGACCGGACUAAAUAACGGAGGAUUUCCGCGAAUAUCACCUGGAUAUUGCGUUUGAUUCAAGGACAUCCAGCUGCCAAACGCCGCCUGCCGUUGCUCGUCCGGAGAAGCUUCCCGAUGUGAGGAGAAAUACAAAUUAACGUUAACGGGAAGAAAAGGGGGUGAGACCAAGAAGGGGCCUCUCUCGUUGUUUUAGGUCUGGUCAAACCCUGUGAAAAGCCGAGCACUAAUAUCUGUGGACGAGGGGAGAGGAAAUCAUUUUUGACAUCGGCUAAAAACAGGAUAUAAUUGAUAAGGUUGCAAAGCAGCCCACCCCCACCCACCCGUUUAGAAAAGGUGUAUAAUGUGACGGAUUUGCGAUAGAGACAUAAGCCCUGAUGUAGCCUGAUGAUUCACAUGUCGUCAUUUUAAGAGAGAGAGAAAAUAUUUAUUUGUAUUUUUCCUCACUCGCCCUUCUUGAUGUGCUCUGCUUAGGUGGAGAUCUGGUUACAAACAGCCUCUCAAAUAAUAUUAAUCUAAUAUAUAUCUAUAGAUUUAUAUAUAAAGAGGGGGAAAACGGUGGAGGAAAAUUAGGGCUUUGGUUUGUGAGUGGAAAUGAAUUGAAUGGCAGUGUGAGAUAAUCUGCCAAAGAUGGGCUCAGGAAGAGGAAAUUAAAACACACAAGCGUAUAUACUAUAUGAGAUGAACAAAAUAGCUUUUGUGUUGAAUUAAAAGGAACCGUUGAAGGGAAACAGGAGCACCGACGUUCAUCCAUGUGCACUGGCAGGCUGGAAAUCUCACAUCCACUCUCAUAUCAGUGUUGAUGACUUCAUUGCGGAUUUACAGUGAAAAACACGGGAGUCCAGCGUCUGAGAGGGUGGCAUCGUUGCUCUGCUCCUCUCCCACUCAUCGCUUGUUGAUUAAUUGCCAGUAAAUAGCCACAUCCACGCGUUACAUACUGUGCCAAAGCCUGGUGGGGCCCCGUCGUCUACCAGCAGCUGACAGGAUUACAGCUGCUUCAUCUGCAUCUGGCAACCUAAAUGUCACCCAUUUUGAGUCAGGUGCUGCUCCUCUGCUGGGCCAGUCGAGGAAUUUAGGAUCCAUUGAUUUUUUUUUUUUUCUUCUGAUCAUCAACACCGUCCCCUCCUUCCUUCUGUCCUCCCUCCCUCCCUCCCUCCACCCACCUGCACUCACACACACCAACCAACCAACCGACCAACCAUCCUGCCUACCCCUGAACCUGCCACUGGGUUUUUGGGAAGAUGGGCUGUCUUGGCAAUAGUAAGACUGAAGACCAACGAAAUGAGGAGAAGGCACAGAGGGAAGCCAACAAAAAAAUAGAGAAGCAGCUCCAAAAAGACAAACAGAUAUACCGUGCCACUCACCGGCUACUGCUGUUAGGGGCCGGUGAAUCCGGGAAAAGCACGAUAGUCAAGCAGAUGCGAAUACUGCAUGUAAAUGGCUUCAACGCAGAGGAGAAAAAACAGAAAAUCCGUGAUAUUAAGAACAACAUUAAAGAAGCUAUAGAGACGAUUGUGACCGCCAUGAGUAUGCUCACACCGCCAUGUCAGUUAGCCUGUCCUGCAAACAAAUCCAGAAUUGAGUACGUCCUCAACCAAGUCAACCUGAAGGAUUUUGAGUUUCCCUCGAGUCCUUCUGUCUCUUUCCAGGAGUUUUAUGACCAUACAAAGAGCCUCUGGCAGGACGAUGGUGUGCAGGCCUGCUGGGAAAGAUCCAAUGAAUAUCAGCUCAUCGACUGUGCACAGUACUUCUUAGACCGGAUAGAUGUGGUCAGGCAGAAUGACUACACACCCACCGACCAGGACCUGUUGAGAUGCAGAGUACUGACAUCUGGGAUCUUCGAGACAAGAUUUCAAAUAGACAAAGUCAAUUUCCAUAUGUUCGAUGUUGGAGGUCAGAGGGAUGAGCGUAGGAAAUGGAUCCAAUGUUUUAAUGACGUGACAGCCAUCAUCUUUGUGGUGGCGAGUAGCAGCUACAACAUGGUGAUCAGAGAAGACAAUCAGACCAACAGACUACAGGAAGCGCUCAACCUUUUCAAGAACAUCUGGAACAACAGGUGGCUACGGACCAUCUCUGUAAUCCUCUUCCUGAACAAACAGGACCUGCUCGCUGAGAAGGUUUUGGCAGGGAAGUCGAAAAUUGAAGAUUAUUUCCCUGAGUUUGCACGCUACACUACACCUGAUGAUGCAAUACCAGAGCCAGGCGAGGAUCCCCGUGUUACGAGGGCCAAGUACUUUAUCCGGGAUGAGUUUCUGAGGAUCAGCACAGCCAGCGGGGACGGGCGGCAUUACUGUUACCCCCACUUCACGUGCGCGGUCGACACAGAAAACAUCCGCCGCGUCUUCAAUGACUGUCGCGACAUCAUACAGAGGAUGCACCUACGGCAGUAUGAGCUCUUGUGAUGGGGAGUAGCAUCCAGGCGACUUAUUUACCCACCGACUGACCUACCUACCCCCCCACCCCCACCACCAGUUAGCCAAUCACCCCCUUACACUUCCACCAAUUUCACCAAACUGAGGGAACAAGCCAGCGGCUGAGCAACUGCCCUCCGCUCCUCUCCGCCCUGACACAACUUCUUCCGAUAACACAGUUUCAGAAAAAGAGAACAGUGGAAAGAUGUUUCUUUUCUUUUUUUUUUUUUAAUAAAAGGAAAAACAGUUAAGGAUGCACCAACAAAAGUUUCAUCAGUGAUUAGCCAGGACUCAUCGCUGUUCUGACCCAGGAAGGAGGGUCGAGACUGGAAUCCCUUUGUGUGGACUUUUGCUCCUUUAAGGUCUCGUUCUCUCUCAGAUAUAUGAACACACACUCGCUGGUACACACACAGACUACAGCAUUAGACAGUCAACAACCCCAUAAGUAGGAUUUAAUAUCCCGCAUCCCAUGCACACACACACACACACAGAGACCCAUUUUCAACCAGGUCCUCCUGCUUUUAACAGUACGCAGAGGCUGGAUUAACUAAUGCAUCUGUAAAGAGAGAGAGGUAGUUUAUUCACCGUGUGCUGAAGGAAAGGAGAAGAAGAAAAAGAUAGACGUGGAAGGCAGCAGCGCAGGGUUGUUAGCCCUUUUUAUUUUUUUUUUCUUCUUCCACUCGUGUCCGAGGAUGGAGAAACCAGUAAAAGCAGAAAACAAUUUAAAAACUGAAAAAAAGAAAGUGAAAAAACACACACACCACACAAUGCAUAAAUUCAUGCAUACCAGUGAACUUCAUGCAGUGCAAAAAAUACAAGCUAUAUAUAUAGAUAUUUAUAUACGAGUGUGUGUGUGUGUGUGUGUGUGUGUGUGUGUAUAUAUAUAUGCAUAUAUAUGUAUAUAUGCAUAUAUAUAAUAUUCCUGUAAUAACACAAUUCAACUUUUUUGUUAAUUUUAACCCCAUGUUGUGUGUUGGUGUAUACUGUGUGCGUGUGUGAGAGAGAUCUGCCUUUGUGCACUAUUUAACCCCCACUCCCCUGCACACAUACACACACACAUAGACACCCUGCUCCCCUCAGCUCUCCUCCCACACCCCCCUACUGCCAUAUGACAAAUACUCAACAUACGGCAAGUGAGAAGAGACUAGAGCUUUUAUCUAAUAAGGAGAGAAAAAAAGGACAAAAGGAAAAAGCAUGAUGUAAAGGUUAAAGACAGGACGGGAUGCAACAUUUUCACCUGGGAACGCCCACCCCCACACACACACACACAUGCUCCAGCCCUCACCAGCCUCUCCCCUCCCCUCCCCUCAGCUGUUGUCUUGUUCUCUCACCUCUCCCAGUCCCACGUCCUCCACCUGUCCCCCGGCUUUAAGUACGUCUGUCUUUACUUUACUGCUGGACUAUUAUUCUUGUACAGACUGUAAAAUGUAUUAUUUUGUACAACUUUAUUGAAGAAAAAAAAAAUAACUUGUAGAAGAUCCCUGUGCCUUGAUCACGACUGUACAUGUAAAAAUGAGCUAAUAUGUAAGUUAUGUUUCCACUGCGCUGUACAGCUGGACAGGUCUGUCCCACCUCGUCCGUGCUAGCUCACCCCUCCGCUAGGACCUGUGGGGAGGGGCUUCGGAUCGGGGCGGAGGCCUUUUGUCUGUCGCUUUAGUUUCCUCUUUUUUUUUUUCUCCCCCCCCUCCCCCCCACGUUUGUUUUGUUUGUUUGUUUAUUCAUUUGUUUUGCUUUUGCUCUCCUUUGGUUUCUAUAAUAGGAUUUGAAGAAAAGAAAAAAAAAAAGAUAAUCAGACACAUCACCUUAAUGCUGCGUAGUGAACGAUACUGAACCAUAACACAAUUUAAUAUAUAUAAAAUAUAUUUCAGAUUUUAUAUUUUAUAUAUAUGUACUGUACACUUAUAUCUAUCUCCCUUGUGAGCUGUCCCACAGCUGUCCUUUGCUUUCUUGUCAGUAACAUCUGCAUAGAAGGUGGCCAUUCUGGGUGCAGUGGGAUGGGUUUGAUUGAUUUCUUCUUCUUUUUUUUUUUUUUUUUUUAGCUUGAACUCUUUUAAAGGAGAAGGAAAUAUCCAAUUGCAAAACAUUGCUUGUUUCUACAUAAACCAAAUUCUUUUUGCUUAAACAAGAAAAAAAAAACUGUUUUAGUGUUUGGUUCAUUCUCAUGUCAGUAUAACUGUAUCUGAGGUCCACAUUACACGCUUAUAACAAACACCUCAGCUUGUACAACAGUCCUGCAAUAAAUGCAACGUUCAUUCA